CAGGCUCCACUGGUAGCUACCGCUCUAGUCUAUGCUCAAGUUGACACAAGAAUCAUAUCAUUAGAUCAAUAUUUCUGAUCGGAUCUGAGCGAUUAUAACACGUUUCUGCAGGUGGCAGAAGCAUGCGCAGUGGAGCGUGGACUGUCAGGGCUCUGUCCCCCGUUCUUUUGCCCCGCUGGUUCUGUGACUCUGGAGCUCGACCCGCACAUCUUAGUCUGCAGAGAUCAGUGCGCUUUGUAAGCACCGAGUCUCCAUCCACAGCCCUGCCCACUCACGCCCGCUUGGUCAUCUGUGGAGGGGGCAUUGUGGGGACCUCGGUGGCUUAUCAUCUUGCCAAACUGGGAUGGACCGAGAUAGUUUUGCUGGAGCAGGGCAGACUUGGAGCCGGCACAACUCGAUUUUGUGCAGGAAUAGUGAGCGUCGCCAAACCUCUUUCUAUCGAGAGUAAAAUGGCCAAUUACUCGAAUUCACUCUAUGAGCGCUUGGAGGAGGAGACUGGUAUUAAAACAGGUUUUGUACGGACCGGUUCUCUUUGUUUGGCUCAAAAUCAGGACCGGCUCUUGUCUUUGAAGCGUCUGGGAUCCAGGCUGAAGAUUCUUGGUGUCAGCUGUAACAUCAUCAAACCCAAAGAUGUGGCAGGGCUCCACCCACUGGUGAAUAUUCAUGAUCUCGUAGGUGCAUUGCAUCUGCCAGGGGACAGCGUGGUUUCGCCACCGGACGUCAAUCACGCACUUGCUGUGUCGGCCGCGGGUUACGGAGUUCAGAUUUAUGAGCACACGAGUGUGAAUCACAUUGUGGUCAGGAAGGGUCAUGUGACAGCCGUGGAGACUGACCGGGGAUCUAUAGAGUGUGAAUACUUUGUGAACUGUGCUGGACAGUGGGCGUAUGAACUGGGUCAGAGCAGUGAAGUGAAAGUGUCGGUACCGCUACAUGGCUGUGAACAUUUCUAUCUGCUUACUAAACCUCUGUCUGAGCCACUGCAUCCAGAGAGUCCAGUGGUGAUAGACAUGGACGGACGGAUAUACGCUCGGGCCUGGCAGGGGGGGAUCCUGUCAGGAGGAUUUGAGAAGAACCCCAAACCCAUCUUCACUGAGGGACGCAACCAGCUGGAGAUCCAGAACAUGCAAGAAGAUUGGGAUCACUUUGAGCCCAUGUUGAGCGCUUUGUUGCGCAGGAUGCCCAGUCUGGAGGCCUGUGAGAUCCAGCAGCUGGUAAACUGCCCAGAGUCCUUCACUCCAGACAUGCGCUGCCUGAUGGGAGAGACUCCGGGAAUAUAUGGAUACUUUGUGCUGGCAGGCAUGAAUUCAUCAGGGCUGUCGUUCGCAGGCGGAGCUGGAAAAUAUUUGGCAGAGUGGAUAACUUACGGCUAUCCCAGUGCCAGUGUCUGGCCUUUAGACAUCAAACGCUUUGGAAAUCUGCAGAGCAGCCGUACCUUCCUGCGACAUCGAGUGAUGGAGGUUAUGCCGCUCCUGUAUGAAUUGAAAGUUCCCCGCUGGGACUUCCAGACGGGUCGGCAGUUACGCACAAGUCCACUGCACGACCGCUUAGACACUCAGGGAGCACGCUGGAUGGAGAAACACGGCUUUGAGCGAGCCAAGUACUUUGUUCCCCCUGGGAAGGAUUUACUAGCCCUGGACCAGAGUAAGACCUUCUAUAAGCCCGACUGGUUUGAUAUAGUGGGUGCAGAGGUGAAGUGCUGUAAAGAAGCUGUGUGUGUUAUUGACAUGUCCUCCUUCACCAAGUUUGAACUGACAUCUGCAGGAGAUCAGGCCCUGCUUCUGCUGCAGCGUCUGUGUGCCAAUGAUCUGGACGUGCCCGUGGGACACAUCGUCCACACUGGCAUGCUGAAUGAGAGAGGAGGGUACGAGAAUGACUGCAGCGUGGUACGCCUCAGCAAAAACAGUUUCUUCAUCAUUUCACCAACCGAUCAACAAGUUCGUUGCUGGUCUUGGAUUAAGAAACACAUGCCAAAUGAUCCACAGCUUCACCUGGAGGACGUCAGCUGGAAGUACACAGCUCUGAAUCUGAUCGGUCCCCGUGCCAUGGACGUGUUGUCUGAACUGUCUUAUGUGUCCAUGAGUCCAGAACACUUCCCCUCUCUGUUUUGUAAGGAAAUGAGUGUGGGUUAUGCCAAUGGCAUCAGAGUCAUGAGUAUGACACACACCGGAGAGCCAGGAUUCAUGCUUUACAUUCCCAUAGAGUAUGCGCUGCACGUGUACAAUGAAGUGAUGUCAGUCGGGCAAAAGUAUGGGAUCAGGAAUUCCGGCUACUACGCCUUGCGGAGUCUACGAAUUGAGAAAUUCUUUGCGUUUUGGGGCCAGGAUCUGGACUCGUUCACCACCCCACUGGAAUGUGGCAGAGAAUUCCGCGUCAAAUUUGACAAGGACACAGACUUUCUGGGCCGGGACGUCCUGUUGCGGCAGCGUGCAGAGGGAGUCUCGCGGCGUUUUAUCAUGUUGGUCCUCGAAGACCAUGACACAGAGCUGGACCUCUGGCCUUGGUGGGGUGAGCCCAUUUACCGCAAUGGCGACCUGAUCGGUGUGACCACCAGCAGCGCCUACAGCUACACGUUACAACGCCAUGUGUGUCUAGGCUUCAUCAGCCCGACAAACUCGGAUGGCACGCCAGCUGUGGUCACACCGGAUUUCAUUAACCGCGGCAAUUAUGAAGUGGACAUUGCGGGCCAGAGGUUUCCAGCUAAAGCCAAGCUCUAUCCAUUCAGCUCGCUUUUUGCUCAGCAGAAACGGCGGAAAGAUGACAUGGAGCUGAGCAACUUUCAGAGCAAGUAAGGGUGAUGAGAACCGCAUUAGACCAAAAGCAGUCUGAGUGCUCAGUCCCUGAAGCUUGCACUGUUCACUCCAUUGUGUCCCACUCCGUGAUUUCAUACUACUGUGAGAGGUGUCAUGUUUCUCUCUGUUGGAUCAGUUGACACAUUUCAAAAACGAUUGUGGUGCGUAUCACCAGUUACCUCAAUUUUCCAACUGAUGGGGUUUGUGUUUGGCUUUGGCAUUGCAAUCGUUUACAAAUCAAUCCCCGAAUAAUAGGUAGGGUCUUUGUUUCAGUUCUCAUUUUAUGCUUUUUAAGAGCAUUUACCUGUGUCAUACUUACGGUCUCAAAAUAAAAGGGAUGUUGUUUUUUUGUGGAGGCCAGAUUGAGAAUGGACAAUCACAGUGUUUUUGAAGCAUCCGUUUAAAGUAAAUUGGCGAAAAGUGGGAACAUCUUUGACAUUUUUGUAGCACAAAUAGAAUACUAAAUGAGGAGCCAUUGAGUGACAUUCAGAUCAGACCGAUGGCGUUUAUAAAGUGCCUUUGCAGCAGUUCAUGUUUUGGCCGGUGUGCCGUGAGCACAUACCAUCUGCUAUUGUGUCCAGUCUUAUUACAGGUAUUGGAUUAAAUAUAUUUUUUUCGGUAAAGGUCACUCAGUGUGAUGUUGUUCUUUGUUGUUCUGUCAUGUUGGCUAUGUACUGGAUUUAUUGACUAUGUACUGGAUUUAAAGUAGAGAUUGUCAAGAUUUUCACUGUUUAGACAACAUCUCCCAUACACCAUCUCUGCAGUGCUAUUAGAAAACUUUAUUAAAAAAUAUUUCAAUUAUGAAAAUAUUGUAUAUUCUGUAUAUGAAACUGGUACAUUGUGUAUCUAUCAUUCAUGAAUUAAAAGCACCUUGAUUCUUAGAAUUCACACUUCAUAAGAACCAGCACUUCAAACACUUACAGUCAGAUGAUUUGGAACUGGUUUGUUGGCACGGUAAAGAUCAGCGGUGUGUUUAAAUAAUGACUCCACAGAAAAUCCAUAUACUGUACCUGUAAUGCAAGAAAAUGAAGUAAAGUCAUGUUUCUCCAUCUUCAAAAACUCUCUCUCUCUCUCUCUCUCUCUCUCUCUCUCUCUCUCUCUCUCUCGUGUGUGUGCGCGUGUAAUGGAUUGUGGAGCUGUGGAUUGCUGUUAUCAGCAGGGUUUGUGUUGUAACAUGAAUCUGAAAAUAAAUCUAAUUAUCUUCAGUUAUGAAUUUGUCAU